CAGAAAGCCCGAAUCCGGGAGCCUAGGCCGUGGGGGAGGGGAAGGGCCGCGAUGGUACGGGGAGGGGGUCCCGGACCCCCGGGACCGGACGUCUGCCCCACCCCACCCUGCUUUGGGGGGGGGUCUUUCGAAUGAGAGUGGACCCUAGGGCCGGGUCGGGAGGGGGUCGGGAUGCCCCGCCCUCUGCGGGAGCCCAGUCCGGAAGGCAGCUCCACUCUCGGGCCCCUUUGUCUGCGAGCCGCUCGGAACCGGGCUCCGGCCGGCGACACAAAGGGAAGGCGGUGAGGACCGCGCAGGCGCGCGAGCCGCUGAGGUUGCUGGGAGCGGUGGUCCGGCUGCCUAAUGAAAUCCUGAAGGAGCUGGAUGAGUACUAUGAGAAAUUCAAACGCGAGACAGACGGCGUCCAGAAAAGGAGAGUGCUGCAUUGCAUUCAGAGAGCCCUGAUUCGGAGCCAGGAGCUGGGCGACGAGAAGAUCCAGAUCGUGAGUCAGAUGGUCGAGCUGGUGGAGAACCGGACCAGGCAGGUGGACAGUCACGUGGAGCUCUUUGAGGCCCAUCAGGAGGUUAAUGACACCACUGGCCACAGCGGCAAAGCCGGCCAGGAUAAGUCCAAGAGUGAGACAAUCACGCAGGCGGAGAAGACCAAUAAUAAGCGGUCUCGGCGACAGCGCAACAACGAGAACCGAGAGAACGCGGCCAAUAAUCACGACCACGAUGACAUCACCUCCGGGACGCCUAAGGAGAAGAAGGCAAAAGCCUCCAAGAAGAAGAAACGCUCCAAGGCCAAAGCCGAGCGGGAAGCGUCCCCUGCCGACCUUCCCAUUGACCCGAACGAGCCGACGUACUGUCUGUGCAAUCAGGUCUCCUAUGGAGAGAUGAUCGGCUGUGACAAUGACGAGUGCCCCAUCGAAUGGUUCCAUUUCUCCUGCGUGGGGCUGAAUCACAAACCCAAGGGCAAGUGGUACUGUCCCAAGUGUCGAGGGGAGAACGAGAAGACCAUGGACAAGGCCCUGGAGAAAUCCAAAAAGGAGCGGGCGUACAACAGGUAGUAGGCGGAGCCCGCGCGGUGAGGACAGCGGGCCGGCCGGGGUAUUUAUUCCGUCGCCACCUGUGCUGAGGCGCAAGGACCGUACAUUGUAUAUUUUUCAAAAAUGUUAGAAAAGGAGCCAUUCCUUUUGCAGGGAUGGCGGUGAUUCUCUGCCUUUUGUUUUCAUUGGUACACACGUGUAACAAGAAAGUGGUCUGUGGAUCAGCAUUUUAGAAACUACAAAUAUAGGUUUGAAUUAAACACUCAAGUGAGACUCAGA